AUGUCUUCCAACGUCCCUGAUCCGGAUGCUUUUUUCGCCCUUUACCGAUACGUACCAUCUCUUGAAGCAGCUGCAGUUGCUGUUCUUGCUUUUGCCAUUAUAACGGGCAUGCAUGGUUGGCGCAUGCUUCAAGUACGAUCAUUCUAUUUCACUCCUUUCGUCAUUGGUGGAGUCUUCGAGGUUAUCGGCUAUAGCGGUCGAAUAUGGUCCCAUUAUGAUCUGAGCUCCAUCGGUGGCUACAUCAUCCAGCAGCUAUUUAUUCUACUUGCCCCUGCACUGUUCGCGGCUUCGAUAUACAUGAUCUUGGGUCGACUGAUCCGAGUAUUAACGGCCGAAGAAUACUCGUUUAUCCCACUCCGUUUCCUCACCAAGAUAUUCGUCCUUGGCGAUGUCAUCUCUUUCCUGGCCCAGGCAGGUGGCGGCGGUGUACAGUCAGCUGGCUCCCUCGACCUGUUCCACCUUGGCGAGAAAAUUAUCGUUGUGGGCCUCUUCAUCCAGAUUGCUUUUUUCGGUUUCUUCAUGAUCACGACCAUCACCUUCCACUGCAGGCUCAGCGCCCAUCCGACACAAGCCGCCAUCGACGAAGUCGUUCCAUGGAGGCGGUAUCUCACCGUCCUCUACUCGGCUAGCGGCAUUAUCCUUGUCCGAAGCGUUUUUAGGAUCAUAGAAUAUCUCCAGGGAAACAAUGGUUAUAUCAUUCGACGCGAGUAUCUUCUCUAUAUCUUCGACGCCGUUCUCAUGUUCCUUGUCAUGGUUCUGUUUUUGAUUAACUACAUCGGAAACCUAGAGCAUCGUCAGACCCAUGCCAAACUGGAAGAGGAUGAGGAAUUUGAAAUGAUGAACUAG